AUGCUGUUUCGUUACAACCAAAAUUUGGUUCCUGUCUCUAUAUUUCUGUUGUUUGUUGAAUGCAUGGUGGUCAAUUGUGAUUUAGUUGGGCAUGGAGGACAUUGGCUGAUCAACAACACAAUUGAAAAAGUGAGGGGAAAUACAAAGAUUGCCGAAAAUCCAGAUGAUCUUAAGCUGUAUAAAGAAUUGGAGGGCUCAUGUGAUGUUGAAAUGGUUGAAGGAAAUAUUAAAAUCUGGUACCAAAAAAAUUCAGCUACAACAAAAGAAGGAUGUUCAAUAGAUUUGGUAACAACAAACGUUGGCCAGCUUUCUCUGAAAUUUGGUAUUUGGCACAAAAGCGGUCUAACCGAAUGUUUGGGAGAUACAGGAAAAAUUGUAAAAUCACAAAUGGAAAAUCAUACAGCAGUUGCCGAUAAUAUGUUGCCUUUCUCUUUCAGUCUAAAAAAAGAAGAAUUUGACAAUUUAAAAAAAGAACCAAAUUACGGUAUAAACGAUUAUUGCGAAAAUUUAAAAGUGUGCCAAAUGACUGACAGUAAAUGCUUGAAGGUGGCUGAUUAUUCUGUUGCUUGGGCGAGAACAAAGGAUUACGUGUCUAACUUUGUUCUUUUAAUUGGGGACGGAGCAACAGAACCAUGUCUUAGUAACGAGAGGCAUUCUACAGUAGAAACAUCUUUUGAUUUGUUACUCAACGAAAACCUUUUUGGAAUUGAAGAUUGUAAUUCAAAACUUGCCUUGUCUUGCAGCAAAAAGGAAAAUAUUCGAAAGCCGGAAGAGUGGGAAAUUGUGGAUGAGACAUACAAGAAGACUUACUCAGAAAUUGGCUUUAAAUUUCUUUUUACUUUUCACAUUUUACCGUUAACUGCAAUGAGAAAAAGCAUUCAAAAAUUUUGGACUUCAUGUGAUUCUAAUGAGGGAAUUUGUGCUGACGAUGAAAAAUUUCAAAAAUGCGACAAAAUGUUUAUUGAAUUUGAUAAAGAAAACUUCAAAAUGCUUGUUAGUACAGAAGAAAAUAAUGAAAACAAAACAGGCGACAAUUCAAAAAUUAAAAAAGAAAAUUUUAUGGGUGAAGAAGAUUCGGGGAUCAAAACCUCAACAAUUAUACUUAUUAUUAUUGGUGUUACUAUAGUGUAA